AUGGGUUGGUUCAGCAGCGACGAGAAGAGCGUCCUGGCGACGCACCCAGUCAAUCCUGACGUUACCACAUCACGCCUCUCCGGCGCCGAGCAGGAUCGUUACGGCGAGCACUUCUCCCAGAUCGGGCAACAAGCUGGCGAGAAGAUCCGCGAGGGCAUCCACGACAUCACCCAUGCCCGGGGCAGCGGCGCAGAGCAGGACCGCUUCGGCCAGCACCUCGGUGUCGGCCAGUCAGGCUACAACGCCGCGAAGGCAGAGGCACAGUCGGGGUACAACAAGGCGAAGGCAGAGGCACAGUCUGGCUACGACAAGGCCAAGUCAGUAGCAGAGAGGGCCCUGCACGCAAAGGGCAACGGUGCUGAGCAGGACCGCUACGCCGCCCACUUCGGCGGUCUUUUCGACCCCGUCAGGGCAUCGGCAUUGAGCAUCAUCAGCUCAGGAGGUGACGUCAGCAAAGCAAACUACCACUGGCUGGGCCACGAUGGCCGAGAGAGGGCCAAGUUCCUGGCUGCGCAGAAGGGCACAACCGGCUCUGAGCAGGAUCGUUACGGUGCUCACUUCACCGGUUUCGGCCAGCAGGCUGCUCAGUCCAUCAAGGAUGAGUGGAACAAGUUGAAGAAUUAG